AUGGCGUCCCAUGGCAAGGUCAUGGACCUCUUCGACGAGCGCUAUCUCGAGUUACAAGAUGUUGUUGGCAACGUCGAGCCGCUACCCACUCUAGUACCUUAUGAGCAGUACAAGGCUCACGCCAUCGCCUACCGAAUGGACACGAACCAUGACAUUUUCUUCGCGCUUCUCCAGGACUUCACGGAGCGCAAGGCAUUGGAGACGGGCAAGGAGCUGUGGACGUGGUGUGUGCAGUGGGAAGUCAGUCAGACAGCGGAUCGCCAGUCCCUCGCGGCAUCGCAAUCAGCAAAGAGGCCUCGCCUUGACUUGGACCCGCCGAACACCCCUACCGCGCAGAGACCGGCCAGCAACGCGCCUCCGAUGACUCUGCAUGCUCGUUGUAUAGAUCCCGAUCUCUUGCACGAGGAGGACAUGUUGCGCAUUCUGGUCGAUAUCGUGCAGGUCGACAGCACAGUGGUGCCCAACUUCAUCGAAUUCCUUUACAGGUGGAUCGACUUUUACGAAGGAGACGGAAAGGCUCUGAAGGCGGCUCUACAUGGCGAGAUUCUAAGCUUGUGGGACUUUGAAUAUCAUCCAUUUCUUGUCACUCAGGAAGCCAAAAAGGAAAUUAAUCAAGCAAGAGGUGUCGCCCAAGACAGCGGGAAGGACGGACAAGGCGGUGACACAACCACCCAGAUGCGACAAAAGCCCGACCUAGCGGCACUCGAACGCAAGACAGAAGAAAGCGAACGUCUGAAGUACCGCGAAGUACACUUCGGCAUCCAGCCCCCAAAGCUAGACGAGCCUCUGCCACCUCUCAUCAACGUCCCUCGAGACCAGUACAAGCGAGCCAAGUAUUACGAAGCUUGUUUCAAAUCGCGACAACGCGCGUUCUUCUUACUCGUAGAAGCAGGAGUCACCGCCCAGAACAUGCGAGACUACCACAGAGAUCAGACAAUGAGCCUGCAGGAGACGCCAACGCUCGUGGACGCAGGCGGCCUCAAGAACUACGAGAAGGACGCAAAACUUGCGCAGGCUUUCAAGUCGCUCAAGGAGCGACAUAGGGCGAAGCAAUUGGAAAUUUCCAUCAGCAACAAAUUGGCGGACGAGGCUCAGUUUGCUGCGCGCAGUGCUCCUCCCCGAAGUCCAUCGGGUGUCCCUCUUAUCCCUACCACGACUAUUCACGCCCAUCGCCCGGAUGUGACUGACGGUAUAUUGCGCAAGAUCCAGCAGACCAAAGAUGAGGAACUCCAAAGGAUCAACAUCGUUCCUACACCGCUUGUGGGCAAGAUGAAGAGUACGCUGUUCCGAGGUGCAAGAGACAAAGCGGGUUUGCAAGCGAUGUUCGCGCGUAGUAGUUUCCCAUCGAUCCCACGUUCUUCAGGCAACUUUGAUGGCGGUAGGUUGAACAACAACAAUCACGGCGAUGGGAGUACCGAUGAAGAUUCAGACGACGGCAUGAGUGCCCCAAGGGCCAGAAUGCGUCUGCUGCCUACACCCUUAUUGCCAUCGCCUACAUCGCUUCCUCGUCCGAACCUCCCAUCGCUCAAGACGCUUCCCUGUCCAUCCCUACCACCGCCUGCAACGCUUCCUCGCCCGAACCUACCACCGCUACCGCGCCCACCGCCUGCGAUGACCUCCACUCAACCUCUGAACACGUUCAUUCCUGACACGACAUUGUUCCCCCACCUGCGACACCGAUCAAGCCAUGCCGCUCUACCUACUACAGAAGUUGCAUCUGCUGCGGAACAGACACUACCAAAUGUUGCGGCGCUCAUGCGGAAUAUCACUCCAAAUCCCGCAGACCAAAUGAUAGGGAUACUUAAGCAGCAGCUGGACGAGCUAGUGUGCAAAGUCCUCAUCCUUAUCCUCAACCAAAUGUUCCGGCGGUGUCUCAAGCUCCAAAUAUUACCGUAUCUGAACCGCAGUUACCUUCUCAAUACCAACCGCCUAGGGGUUCCCAAGGAGGCUUCGAUCGUCAUACCCGCAAACACCAUCGGUCCCGGCGGACUGAAGCUAGGCGACAACGGAGUAGCCGAGACCGACGCCUUCCUCCUUGGAUACACACAUCCUAAGAGCGGGAAGAUCACCCUCAAUCGCGCAGUCUUUCUUCCCUUGGGCGUGUGGGCCAACGCGCAAGACAGAGUGCGAAAAGGUCACUAUCAGGUACUGGAGAGCUAUGCAGCACCGGAUAGAAGACCUUCAAUAGCGCAUCGCGCUGCCUAUGAAAAGGUGAAGCAAGCUUAUGAGAUGAUGAUCAUGGAAUCUCCAGUAGCGAGGGAGCGAGAAUUGACAAAGAGGUGGAGGGCCAGUAGGGGAAGGAUGACGGCGACUCAGAGGGGUGCCGUGUGGGAAGGCUGGGCUGUGGAGGUUGACAGAGAGAUCGCUCUGGGUAAAGAGGACAGAAAGGGUGCUUUUGUGCAGAAUGCGCUGGUUGACGGUGUGGAUGAGAAUAGUGAUGAGGCUAGGAGGAGGAGAGAGAUUGAGGAGUUGCUUGAGACGGAUGAGGCGUGGGACUAUGAGGAAGACGAGAACGACGAUGACGAGGACGGAGUUGAGCAGGAUUACGGAGAUGAAAUGGAGGAAGGGGAUGAUGAUGAUGAUGAUGAUGAUGAUGAUCAAGAAGAAGAAGAAGAUGAGGCGGAGGAUGGUGAGGAUGAGGAUGUGUAUAUGGACGGCUAG